AGUAGUAUUUGUGAAGCAACCUUAAAAAAUCUUAAUCCCUACUAAGGUAAGGUUCCAAUCAUGGCCGAACUCGUUUACUCCGAGGUAACCGCCCCUCCUCCUCCACACCCUCUCCUCCAUCUAUAUCACUCCAUCCUCCUCCUCUAAAUGCAAAUCAUUCACUCCUUCUUCUUCUUCUUCUUCCUCUUUUUCUUUUUCUUCUUCUUCUGCAUAAUAUAAUAAAACACAAGCCCUCAUCUUCAAGUACCUCAAAGCAGGACUCACCGUUCCACCGGACCUCCUCGUACCUAUUCGGAGGAGCCUCCAGUUGAUGUCUCAGAAGCUCUCACAUCACUACCCAUCUCUGGGGUUUUAUGGGAAGAAGAUAGAUCCGGAGCCAGGGAGGUGCAGGAGGACCGAUGGGAAGAAAUGGAGGUGCUCCAGGGAAGCACACCCUGACUCUAAGUACUGCGACCGCCACAUGAUACGGCGUCGUUACCGUUCAAGAAAGCCUGUGGAAUCAUCAACUUCAUCUCAGCAACAAUCUCACUCUUCUGCUGCUGCUUCUGCUGCUACUGCUGCUUCUACUACCACCACCACUACUACUACUGCUGCUGCUUCUGCUGCUAGUACUGGUGGUGGUGGUGGUGGUGGUGGUGGUGCUUCUGGUUCCGGUGGAGCCUUCCACACACUCCCUUUGCACACCAAUGGUACCCGUGAAGGUUUCACCCUUGGGAGCAGCAAUAGUAGCAGCUUGCAAAACUUGCACAUGGACCACCCUUUGUCACUUCCCAGUGAGGUUAGCAAGAAGGAGUACAGGUUUGCACUGAACUCCGAUGUAGACGAGCACAACUUCUUGCAGAAAGAUCUGGGAACUGUGAGAUAUCAAGGUUAUGACUUCACCUCAGAUGGCCUGUGGUCCAUGCCCCACAUCCCAUCAAACACUGUUUCAGAAUCAAGAACUGGUUCUACCAUGGUUGGAGACUGCUUCCAACAGCAAACAAUUCGCGAUGCUGAUCUCUUAAACCUCAAUGCUUCAGGGUCGAAGGAGCUCGUCUUUGGUAGCCAAUUGAGUCCGUCGUCGUCUGGGUCUUUGAAACAGGAAUAUCAGUCCCCGCAGUCACUCUUCACUGACUGGCACUGGAAGAAGGAUUUAGGCUCUGACGCCAUUUAUCGGCCCCACAAAGAUUUCAAUUCAGAUGCAAAUGUUGAUUGCAAUGGUUCUUUGUAAAGUUUGCAACUGAGUUUUUGGGAUCACAACACCUUUUGUCUCUCCCCCAAACCAAUGAAAUGCUAUAAUAAAUAAACAGAAAUCCUUAUGCAGGAUGAAACUUUCAUCCAUAGCAUUCAGAUACUUAGAGGGAAUCAUCAUGUUAUUCAAAUCUUCAGAAUAUGUUGUUGUCUUAUAUAAUAGUUAAUACACUUCCAAGGAGUUCAUGCUUUCUUUAUAUGUAAAACUUGUAAUAACAUUUGUCUAUGCUUCCCUUUUUAUAAUUUUUAAUUGUACUGGAAUUUAGUCUGGUUCAUA